AUGGCUUCUACAAAGAAGGGUGGUGAGAAGAAGGGCUGUUCUGCCAUCAAUGAGGUGAUGACCCAAAAAUACACCAUCAACAUUCACAAGCACAUCCAUGGAGUGGGCUUCAAGAAGCAUGCUCCUAGGGCACUCAAAGAAAUCCAGAAAUUUGCCAUAAAGGAGAUGGGGACUCUAGUUGUGCACAUUGAUAGUGGGCUCAAUAAAGCCAUCUGGACCAACGGAAUAAGGGAUGUUCCAUACCAUAUCCAUGUAAGUUUGUCCAGAAAACCUAAUGAGGAUGAGGACUCACCAAACAAGCUCUACACAUUGGUAACUUAUGUGCCUGUUACCACAUUCAAAAAUCUACAGUCAGUUAAUGGGAAUGAGAACUAA